ACCCUUCUUUCUCUCUCUACAUUCCCACUCUCUGAAUAGAAGUAGGUGAAAAGCAAAGAACCCUUUUUUUUCUUUCUUUUUUCCCAUUUUCUUCUAAUUUUUUCACAUUUUUAUAAUUAUUAUUACCAUUACAGCACAACCACUGUUCCUUCUUCAUCUUACCUAAUCCUAAUCGGUAAGAAAGUGCGAGAAAAUCGUCAAGAAAGUGACAGAAAAUUCCACCCCAGAAGGGAAGGGUAUUGCCCUAAUGUGUUUUGCUCAAAAGGGGAUCAUCAAGUUUGGGUUUUGAAGUGACGGGUGAAUCUGAUAUCACAAUCGAAGCACUUAGAACUUAUAAUGUUUGUGGCUUUUUGUUCAGAUCUCAGUGAUUUUGGAGCUUGCUUUUGGAUCUCUCUAAUGGGUUGAUUCAAUAGGGAACAAAGAUUGGUUUUUUUUGGGGGGGAGGUUUGAAAUGUUAAGAUAUUUUCUUGUAAUUGGUUCCUUUGGGGUUGAUGGUUUUUGAAUUAAGUGGAAAUAGCAAUGUUGGUUCAUCAGUGAUAUUUUGUGUGUGUGGAAAUGUCUGCUCCUUUAGCUGCUUUUGAGAGACCGAGACAUGGGGCUUCUAAUACGGUUUUCAAAAGUGGCCCACUUUUCAUAUCUUCCAAAGGAAUAGGCUGGAAGUCUUGGAAGAAGCGGUGGUUUAUACUCACGCGCACAUCAUUAGUUUUUUUCAAAAAUGAUCCUAGUGCCCUUCCACAACGAGGUGGGGAAGUCAACUUGACAUUGGGCGGUAUUGACUUAAACAAUUCGGGAAGUGUUGUUGUUAGAGAAGACAAAAAGCUGCUUACAGUAUUAUUUCCAGAUGGGCGCGAUGGUCGAGCAUUCACCCUUAAGGCGGAGACUUCAGAAGACUUGUUUGAAUGGAAGACGGCUCUUGAACAAGCUCUUGCACAAGCACCGAGUGCUGCCCUUGUUAUGGGACACAAUGGAAUUUUCAGGAAUGAUGCAACUGAUUCUAUUGAAGGGUCUUUCCAUCAAUGGAGAGACAAGCGACCGGUUAAGUCUUUGGUUGUUGGAAGACCAAUUCUGCUAGCACUGGAAGAUAUUGAUGGAGGGCCAUCGUUCCUAGAAAAAGCUCUUCGGUUUCUAGAGAAGUAUGGAACUAAAGUUGAAGGAAUACUAAGGCAGUCUGCAGAUGUUGAGGAAGUAGACCGGAGAGUUCAAGAAUAUGAGCAAGGAAAGGUUGAGUUUGAUGCAGAGGAAGAUGCCCAUGUUGUUGGUGACUGUGUUAAGCAUGUUCUAAGGGAGCUUCCCUCCUCUCCGGUUCCAGCUUCAUGCUGUACUGCUUUGUUGGAGGCUUAUAAAAUUGAUCGCAAGGAAGCUAGGAUUAAUGCAAUGCGCUGUGCUAUAUUGGAGACCUUUCCGGAGCCAAAUCGGCGUUUGUUACAAAGAAUUUUGAAGAUGAUGCACACGGUUGCUUCUCAUUGUAACGAGAAUAGGAUGACUGCUUCUGCUGUUGCUGCUUGCAUGGCUCCCUUGCUUUUACGACCUCUCUUAGCUGGAGAAUGUGAACUGGAGGAUGAAUUUGAUGGUAGUGGUGAUAGUUCAGCUCAGCUUCUUGCCGCCGCUAAUGCCGCAAAUAACGCUCAAGCAAUUAUUACCACCUUGUUGGAGGAGUAUGAGAAUGUAUUUGAUGAAGAAAAUAUACAGAGAUGUUCUAUUUCAGCUGAUUCUAGGGUUGAAAACAGCGGGACCGAAGAUUCGACCGAUGACGACAAUAUAGAUGUGAAAGGAAAUGGUUACCAUGAUGCAGAGAAUGAAGUUGAUCAAGAGACAGAUGAAGAUGUUGAACGUGUUCACAGCGGAAAAUUAAGUGAAAGUAGUGGUUAUGCUGGUAGCGAUCUUUAUGAUUACAAGGCAUUUGGAGGAGACGAUUCCGAUGUUGGGUCCUCGACUAGUAAUCAUGCUAAGGCUGAAAAUUCAAAUACGAAGGCUGUUCUAUCUGAGGAUAAAAGCAAGCAAAGAAAGGGCAAUGAAAACUCGGUUGAUGAGAAGGAUUCACCUAAUGUGUUGCCUUCUGCAGAAUCUUACCGUUCUAUGGGUGAUAUUUUAUCUUCAAUGGACGCUAGCAACCAUUUACCAGUGCCUGUGAUUGAGCCAGGUUCUGGAAAGCAAACCGGUAAAGCUAGUAGCACAAGCUUCAGUUCUAAGCGGUCAACAUUCUGGGGAAGGAGCAAUCCGAGGAAGUCACCGUCGGUGGAAUCAGUCGAUUCUUCUGGAGAAGAGGAGCUUGCUAUUCAGAGGCUAGAGAUUGCGAAAAAUGAUUUGCAACACAGAAUCGCAAAGGAGGCCAGAGGCAAUGCAAUUUUACAAGCAAGCUUAGAGAGAAGGAAACAAGCUUUGCACGAGCGGCGCUUGGCACUUGAACAAGAUGUUUCAAGGUUGCAAGAACAGUUGCAAGCUGAGAGGGAUCUUAGAGCUGCAUUGGAAGUUGGUUUGAGCAUGUCUUCAGGACAAAUUUCCAAUUCACGCGGCAUGGAUUCCAAGACAAAGGCUGAGCUAGAAGAGAUUGCACUUGCUGAAGCUGAUGUGGCUAGGUUGAAGCAAAAGGUUGCGGAACUUCACCAUCAACUUAAUCAGCAAAGACAACAUCACUAUGGUUCAAUUACUGAUGUUGGCGAUCGAUACCAGCAUGCUCAAAAUCUUCCUCAGCCGAGAUUUCUUCAGCAAGAUUUUGAUUCAACCCUUGCCUUCUGUAACCAUGAAAGGAAACAAAGGACUGAGGUAAAACUUGGCUUUUCAUUUCAACAGGAGGGUGUGUUAGGCUCUGAUUGGAGAAAUAUCAAAGGACAAGUGUUGGCUUCUGGUAAUGGUAGUAGUAGGCAGCCUUCUCGGAAACCAUUUGUAGACUCGAGUCCUAGUGAUUCUAAAAGCACCGAGGCAUCGACAAGCAUGUCGGUAGAUGAGCUUGGCGUUGUUGAUUCUGGCUCAUUGCCUUCUACCUCAAGGGCAGCAGAGGUGACAGAUUAUACAAGACAUCCAUCUGUAGCAUCUUCAACAUUAGUAGAGUUAACGACCCGUCUCGAUUUUUUCAAGGAAAGGCGUUCGCAGUUGAUGGAACAGCUCCAUAACCUUGAUUUGAACUAUGGUUCUACAAAUUCCCAAGACUUGGUCUAUAAACCAUCAUCACCAUCAUGGAGUUGACCUAGCCAAACAAAUAGCUUCAUAAAAUCCUUGGGGAAUAAUUUUGGCUGACAUGUUGUAUAUCCUUUGACUCAUUGCAUAUAUAUAUAUAUAUAUUUGUAUCAUUAUCCUUUGUGCUCUAAAUACUGAUUCAUUCUCUUUGUUUUCUUCAUUAUAUUUAUUUUCCUCUCUCUUUUGGUAGUGAAAGGUUGUUGAAGUUGAAAUGAAAAGCUUUCCUUUUGAUCAUCAGGUUUAUUUUUAUUUUUUCAAUCCUUUUGCAUUUCUUUGUGGUGUAAUUAUAUGUUAUGUCAAUAGAAGGGACACUUUUGUUGUUGAACAAAACAAUUUCAACGAGGAAAUAGUAGCAAUGCUUUGACAAAUUCAUUA